CAAAACAAAAUGUCGUUCACAGUGCGCACCAUCAACAGCAAAAGCCAUGUGGUCAGGGUUACGAUGGGGAUGUUGUUGGGAUUGUUGGUGUUGCUUCAAACGGCAACUACACGAGGGCUCGCCCAGCAAGCAUCAGGUGAUCGUGUGGCGUACCGGCCGGAAAUGGAUGAUCUCUACAUUACGGUGAAUGCGCGAACCCGCACCCUCGAGCUGGCGUGGCGCAAUUUCGACGAUCUAUCCAAUUACAUACUGCUGGCCGAACAGUACCCGGUGGAAGCGUUCGAGCCGCGCUACUACUACUACACGAGCGACGGUGCGUCCAGCACAACCAACCCGUCGACGGACGCUAGUGCGGGCGAUUCUGCCGGCAGCAUCAUGAUGAUGGGUGAUGACGCAGCGAGCAUCGCCCUCGGCUCACCGGAAGUGACCACUGACGGUGGGUCCACAACCGAAAAUAGCGUCUCCACAACCAACGCCUACGAAUAUACAGAGAUGGAGCUCGGUUGGGUGUACGACUUUCGGGACGAAUCGGGCUACCGCAAGAAGGAAGUGCUAUUUUCACUCCAACCGAUCUACGAGAACGGGUGGACGAAGACCGGUAUCAAAUUUAAUUACGAUCUCAUGAACGGCGUCAAUACAAACACCAGCUGCUACGGCUACUACGCGUACUUUGUCCGUCCGAACGGGACCGUCCUCUCCGCUCACUGCAUGAAGUUGCACCCGCGCUGGAUGAUGGAGCUGCAACCGCAUCUGAGUGCAUUCCGUAUGCGAGAGCUGUUCAUACCCGGUACGCACGAUUCUGCCUCGUACAAAGCCGGUUUCGAUCCGCAGCAUCAAGAAACGAUCAUCACCAAGUACGCGCUGACCCAGGAUGAUGAUGUGUACGCCCAGCUGCUGCAGGGCAUCCGGUACAUCGAUCUACGCGUUGGGUACUACAAAAACAGUCCAACACCGUUCUGGGCCAACCAUGGUAUAUCGCGCCUGCAUCCACUGGUCGACAUACUUGAGCAGAUCAAGCGAUACGCGCAGGAAACGCGAGAGAUCAUCGUGGUCGAUGUGCAGGAGUUUCCGGUCGGAUUUGGCAAAGAGUACAACAUCCACACGAAGCUGAUCAACUUUUUGCAGAGUACGCUGGGGGAUGUGAUGGCCAAUCCGAGCAUUGGAUGGGAAGGAACGCUAGGGGAUAUAUGGGCCGGUGGAAAAACGGUCGUGCUGGCGUACGAUCACGAGUUUGCCUUCCGGUCGUUUUCGCACGUGGUGUGGCGCUCGGUACAGCAACGCUGGGGCAAUGUGCAGAAGGUGAACGAUCUGAAGGACUACCUUUUUAAGGUGCACCAUCCCCGCGGCUUCCGAGAAUAUUCGUACCGGCCAGUGGCCGACAUGGCCGAACUGACGCCCGAUCCCUGGGGUGUCAUUACGGACCGGUACGGUGGGCUGCGAAAGAUGGCCGACUCGAUCAAUCGAUUCGUGACCAAGUGGUACUUUGAAGAUCUCGGCCCAACGGCAAACGUGGUCGCAGUGGACUUUGUGCGCGGUACCAGCAUCGUCGAGGCGGCCAUCUACUGGAAUCUGAAGCGCGUACCAAAUGGUUCAAUAAAACUACCUUACUAG